AUGGUCUACCUUACCGCCAGCCUCAUUACCGCCUUGAGCAUUUCUCGGACCGUUGCAGCCGCUGCUAUUCUCGGGCCGUACGAUAGACUUGUUGAGAAAGACUCUGUAUCACUCGCAAACAACAACGCCAACACUAUUAAGAGGGAACCGGACAGCUCCUUGUUUGGAAGGGCCGGCUGUGAAGGAAUGUUCACCUUCGUCGAGCUGAAGAAUGAGGAUUAUUCUGUAAGUCACUUCUACUGCCUAGCCCCGAAAGAAUGUCGCAGUGUUGUCCCCAAGCUGCUGGGUAAGGUGUCGACAGUGUUCAUGCCACCGGGCGACGAAGAGUCGCGGUGUACCUUUUUCGCGCAACCGGACUGCCCUAACAACGCUAAGAAAGAGGAUCAAAUCGGCUAUUGGACUCUCGGCGAUCAGUACAUUUUCACGUUACCACCCUUCAUGAAUAAACGGGUUUCGAGCGUGAGCUGCGUAAAGUUUCCUACGCCGAAGCGCAAACUGGGAGACAUCAGUGAAAGAGCAGCGAACAACGUCCCUGCGCUCAGCGUCAGAUCACAGAAAUGCGCCGGUGACUACACGACGGUCUUAAUGAUCGAAGAGACGAACAUAAAGAACUACGAUCUCAGCUGCUUAGCACCUAAUGAAUGCCAUAACAUCCACUCGGGCAUGUUGGGCAAGGUCAAGCAUGGCAGAUUGUGGACGGACGAGGAAGAGUCGUGGUGCACAUUCUUCCUUGAUCCUGACUGCCCCAAGGAAGGUCUGCGGACGUGGUAUUCAACACUCAGCACAGACCUGGUUCGGCUGCCUGGCGUUAUCCGUAGCGUCAGCUGCGAGAAGUUUCCUGGGCGGAAAACCGUCGACUCCGCGACGAACGCGGCUGGUGCUAUAGGAGAGGUAUCGGGUCUUCCUGCGCUGGCUGCUAGGGGGGAACGAUGCGGCGGCGACCGCACCGCCUUCGGGAUGAUCGACAAGAACAACAGAAAGAAUCACCAGGGUGUCUGCCUAGCGGAACACGAAUGCCACAACGUUCGCGCUGAGCUCUUUGGCAAGGACGUCCGUGCCUGGCUGGCGACCGAAGUGGAUGAAUCAUGCCAGCCUAACUGCCCGGCCGAUGCAAGGCUCGGAGAGUACAGUUCGUCCUCGACUCUCCGCAAGACGCUGUUCGAACCGCUGAAAUGGAUGUCCACCCCUUUUGCCAGCGUCAAGUGCGUCAAGUUCAAAAAGCCAGAAACCGUGGGUCGGAGGGAAGUCGACAUGGAGCCGCCAUUGGGAGCUGCGAACAGUCCAGCGCUGAGCGCCAGACAGUGGGACUGCAUGGGUAAGAACACUUACUUCCAGGUCGUUGAAGACGGCAACAGCUCCAACCAUGAGAGCGUGUGUCUCGCGCCAGGGAAGUGUUACAAUCUUCCCCCGAGGCUGCUCAAUAAGACCGUGAAGACCAACAUCACGACGGCCGAGGAAGCUCCGUGGUGCAUAUUCUAUGCGUAA